AGCGCGCAGUACGGUGAUCGGGCAGUGCGCUGUGUCCCUCGGACACAGCGGAUCACCGAUCAACGACGGAAAGAGCCAAAGAUGUCGGCUCGGUCAUGUGAUCAGCUGUGUCCAAUCACAGCUGAUCACAUCAGUGCCACCUGUUAGUGUCCAUCAGUGCCAGCUGUCAGUGCCUCAUCCAUGCCACCUGCCAGUGCCCAUCAGUGCCACAUAAAUGCCACAUAUCAGUGCCUACCCGUGCACAUCAAUGCCACAGAUCAGUGCCCAUCUGAGCUGCCUUUCAGAGUCACCCAUCAGUGCCAGUCAGUGCCACCUAUCAAUGCCAGUCAGUGCCACCUAUCAGUGCUGCCAAUCAGUGUCACCUAUCAGUGCCGCCUAUCAGUGCCAGUCAGUGCUGCCUAUCAGUGUGCAUCAGUGCCGCCUAUCAGUGCCCAUCAGUGCUGCCUAUCAGUGCCAUCUAACAGU